UCAUAGAAGAAGCUCUAAAAUUAAGUUUGUAAACGCCAUGAAGCAGCUACACCUAAAGUAUGCAAUAGUUUUCGUUUGUGGAUCUGCUGUAAUGUUCAUGUCCAUGAUGUAUGGGAGCAUAUCACACACAGCAAAAAUGAAAUCAGCAGUCAUCGAUUCAACAUUGAUUAGACUGCAGGUCAACAAAAACGAAGAACCUGCCAGCAACAUUGGAGAUAACACCCAGACUAAAACAGAAAAUCAAGUUUCUACAUCAUCUACCACCUCUGUUCCAACACCAGUUACAACAAGCCUAGCUGUUAAUAAUACGAGAAAUCUUACAGUCGUAACAGAAAAUACACAAGAAGCAGAUCAACGAAUAAAUAUUAUAAAGAGUGUUUGUAAUAAAACUGAUCCCGGUGUUUUGCUAAAUGAUGUGCAGUCUAUUCUGAAACAACAUCAAUCGAAUAGGCCAAGAUUCUACUUUUCUGAUAAAUAUAAUUUUAUGAUUUGUGAAAUACCAAAGUGUGGAAGUACAAACUGGAAGAAAUUGUUGGUCUCAAUGGAAGGCGAAACGAACGCUACUGAUCCCAUGAAAAUACCUGGAGGAAUGGCUCAUAUAUUGGGAAACAAAAGAUAUCUUUGGAAAUAUUUUAAUGAAAGUGAUAUGAAGUCUCGCGAUUUUGUGGAAAAAAGAAUUAAAAACUACACUCUUAUCAUGACGGUACGCGAACCAAUGGAACGGUUAGUUUCUGCUUACAAAGAUAAAAUGCUCCCAACUGGAUCAGGAGGGGAAACGUAUUUGGAGAUAUCACGAAGAAUCCAUGCGCAAUACAGAGAAACGACAAACAGUACAAGUGAGGAGAGUGACGAAUUGCAACAUGCUUCAUGGCCAGAAUUCGUUCGAUAUUUACUGGAUUCAAACAAGAAGAUUGGAAUGGAUUCACACUGGGAAAUGUUUUCUAAAAUGUGCAACCCGUGCGCACUGAGCUUCGAUUAUAUCGUAAAAUUGGAAACAAUCUCCGAUGACGUAGCACAUUUAUCGAAAAAGUUUGGAUUUGACUUCACUCCGUUCUUUCCAGCUGCUGUUAAGAAGAAUCGAAAUAAUAAGUGGAAAACCCAAUAUGCAGAAUAUUUUGAGAAUUUGUCAAGCGAAGAAAGAAAACAACUUUAUAAUAUGUAUGCAAAACAAUAUGAAUUGUUCGAUUAUCCUAAGCCAGAAUUUUUGUAACAUUAAUUCGAAUUCACCACUUCUUUACAACUACUUCAAAACAUAUACAAACAAAGUCAUAUUUGGUAACUAUGCGAUACCACUGUAUAAUUUUUGUAGAAAAUUUCAAGUAAUUUUAUAUGUAAUUUGAACAUGACAAAAUUUAUGUCGGCCGGCGAUAUCGCGUUUUUUUAUUGGAUAGGGAACAAAUAUUUGAAUGUUUGAAAAACGUAUCGCCUGCACAAAAGUAUCGGAAUAAUGUGAAAAGGUAUGAACGUUUUGCCAAGAGCGUAUAAGACUUUGAGAAAAAUUCAAUCGCCAGGUAAUAGUAAAUUUAACAUUACUGAAUAACUAGGCGCUCCAGAAGUGUGUGUACCAAUACCUAUGGGCAGGUGGUGUAUUCACUUGGCUAACACAGACAGUCUCCGAAUUCGUAAUAGAACUGAAAUAAGGAAAAUCGGAAUAAAAUUACGGCCCAAUCCUAACCUUGUACACACAGUACGGGAGUACCAAUAAUUCAUCAUUAAAUUUGUUUGUUUUGUGACCCUUGAUUUUCAUGAGUUUGAAACUGAUUUUUCUCCCUUGCUUCCUUACUAUCAUUUUUAUUUUCAUCUGCAAAGAUUUUCAAUUAUGCCAUUGGUGUUUUAUUUUAUGCAAAUAUUUAAUACGUUAGGAUGGGUCUGAGCUAUGAAUGUGUCUGCGUGGACAACUUCAUUUAUAUGAUUUUAAUUUCUGCUAACUGCGAAAAUCCCGCAUUUCGCUCUUAAAGUAGAUAUGCGUGGGUUCAAUAACUUGCUUUGAACAAUUAAAUAUGUACCGGCAACCGCGUUAUUAUCUCGCACAAAACUGAAAAAUAACACAUUUCUCUGUUCAUACUGUCCUGCGUGUAUCUGUGGUUAGCUCGUACUCACAUGUGAAAAUUUUUAUUUUUAGCAAAUGGCGACACCAUGUGGUCUAAAUUAACAGUAAUAGCGAUAGGAGUCGCAAACUAUAUAUGUUUUAUAAACGAUUAUUGGUUGGUACAAAGAUAAGAUCGUCGAUAAUCCCUAUGAAAUGAUCACCGUUGAUUCGGGUUUGUGGCGUCAGAUGGAUUAGUAAACUAAAACUGUUUAAAGUACAAAUAACCCUAUUUCUUUUUAUCACGAUAUAUAUAUUUUGUUCAAUAUUUUUAUUAUCGCCUGGAAUUGCAUGAAUGUAUACAUUCUUCAAAAUAUUAGUGAAGCACUUCAAUCUCUGAUCUUUUGCACGAAUGCGAGACUCAAACAUGGCUUUCGCGGAAUAUUUCUUCACAAUAGCAAAAUUACUUUUUUUAGUACUGAAUGAUAUUGGUGACAUUAUUGUUGGACGAACACAAAAGUCCUUGCUUCACCGAAUGUUUUGCUUAUGCAAAAUAAACUUAUUU